AUGAAUAUAGACGACCAACAAUCUACAAUCGCACAGAUCACAAAUGACCUACAGCCUCUUGAUCCUACUCUAAUAAUCGACACUGUGACAAUGGCCGAUCUACCAGUAGCACAAACAACAGCAACAAGUGAUUCAUCUAGUCUCAUGACACUUGAGAUCACUACAGACACCCUCAUGACUGAAAUAAAUACCACACAGACAUCAGGAGAGAUAACAGAGAUUCUGGAAACCCAAGAAACCCAAGAAACACAGGAAUAUACUGGGUACAGUGUGUUUGAACAUGACCCAAGUGUUCCGUGUACUUUGUUGUCAAGCACGUUUGACAGAUAUAAUACAAGUGUCAAACAGACAUUGGAGGCAGAGAGCUAUCUUGUCCAACAGGACAUCGAAAAACAAAAUAUGCCUGGUGUGAAUAAUUUCUUUCGCAAUGCAAAAUGGUCUCCAGAUGGAACCUGUUUAUUAUCAAACUCUGAAGAUGAUAUUAUCAGAUUGUUUAAUCUGCCUCAGAAUGUAUAUGAAGAAACAGAAUCUCCAAUUGAUCUAGAACCUGUCCUGGGUGUAAGAGAAGGAGAAACAAUCUACGAUUUUGCAUGGUUCCCUACAAUGAGUUCUCAAGAUCCUGCCACAUUUUGCUUCUUGACAUCUGUACGGGACCACCCUGUUAGACUGUGGGAUGUUACAACAAAAACCGUACGCGCAUCUUAUUGUGUAAUUGAUCACCGAGAAAGAUUCAUAGGUCCAAAUGUAGUCAGAUUUAACCUUGAAGGUUCAAAGAUAUACUGCGGAUAUGAAAAUAUGAUCGAAGUUUUUGAUGUCCAACGACCCGGUCAAGAGUCUCAAAAGAUUCCAACCACACCUAAACGAAGAAGCAAAAAAGGACAAAAAGGUGCAGUUUACGAUGUUCCUGACUAUGCGGGUCUCUAUGCGGCUGGUUCGUAUAGUAAAACAGUGGGAAUUUAUGAUGAGACAAACAAUGAAAUGUGCCUGAAGCUAUCUGGAAUUGAGGGAGGAGUGACUCAGGUCAAGUUUUCUCCAAACGGAAAUGUACUCUUUACUGCUUCUCGUCAAGCAGAUUCUAUAAUGUGUUGGGAUAUCCGCAACACAACCAACGUAUUGUAUGAGCUCAAUCGACCUGGAAAAACCAACCAAAGGAUCUCGUUUGAUAUCAACUCUACGGGCAAAGUGUUGAUUACUGGAGACAAGAAUGGAAAUGCUUUGUUCUAUGAUUGUUUGACUGGAGAAGAACGGGACGAGGAUUCCAAACAGCGUCUGCAGAGAUCAAUGCAUGCUCACGAUGAUAUCACCACAUCAGCUUCCUUUAACCCUGUCUAUCCUGUCAUAGCUACUACUUCAGGUCAAAGAAAAUUCACUGUGGGAUCUGAUGAAGACCAAGAUUUGACUAUUGAUAAUUCUAUAAAAAUCUGGAAAACUCAUGGUCAAUAUGAAUGGCACCCAACUGUUUAA